CCAUCCGGCAAUUCAUCGCGCCUUUCGCUGCGAAAGGGAAAACAACACGGUGCAAUUCCAGUCCGAAGUCAUCGUUUUCGCAAUCUUUGCGACCGGUGCUGGAAAAGCCCUAGGUUUAUUUUCUACUUUUCCGGUUGCUGGCAAUUUUCAACAGCAGCAACCCGACAAACUGCACCUUUUCACGCGUUAAGGCUUGAGGGCCUCGCGCCUUUUUCUCUCCUCGUCUGACAUCGCGGCAUCUCGUCAUCUCCCAACUACCUUUUGUUCUUCUCUUUUCCCAGCAUCGCCCAUCAUGUCUUUCGGUUUCGGUAGCGGUGGCUUCGGCCAGCAGAAUAAUAAUCAGUCAACGUUCGGUGGAUUCGGUACGAAUACCAACACGAAUACCAGCUUUGGAUCGACCGGCUCAACUGCCUUCGGUUCGACGACUACUCCAGCAGCUGGCGGCGGCCUUUUUGGCGGCGGUGGUGGAGGCGCCUUUGGCUCGAACACGUCGGGCGGGUUCGGCUCUGGAGCGUUCGGGAGCAAACCAGCAUUUGGCACUCCCGCCACUACCACCAGCGCGCCGUCUCUAUUUGGCUCGACGACUGCCACAACGGGCGGCUCGGGAUUCGGAGGCGGCGGCUUCGGCACCAACACCAGCACUACUACGCCCUUUGGCGGCGGCAGCACGUCGCUCUUCGGAGGAAAUAAACCUGCUACGACCGGCUUUGGCACCGGGACAUCGGCAUUUGGCGGCGGUGGCAGCGGUGGCCUCUUUGGUACCGCCGGGAACACUGGAACCGCAGCAACCCCGUUCGGUGCCAACAACAAUCCAGGUAUCGGGGUCAACGUCGGAGAUCCGCCGGGUACUGCUAUUGUUCCCUUCUCACCAACCGUGGAGAAGGAACCGAACAACGCUUCCCAGAGCAACUCCUUCCAGAACAUCCUGUUCAUGGAUGCCUACAAGAAGUGGUCCGCCGAUGAGUUGAGACUCGCUGAUUACAACCAAGGCCGGAAGUCUGGUGGUACGGGUGGCACAGGAGCAUUUGGCAGCUCCGGGUUCGGCACUGGUGGCUUCGGUACGAACACGGCCAACACGGGUUUCGGGGCGAACACCGGAGGAGGCCUGUUUGGAUCUACUCAGCCGACAACGACUGGGUUUGGUGCAACAAACACCGCUACCACAGGCGGGUUUGGCUCUAGUAGUGGUGGUCUUUUCGGUGCCAACAAGCCCGCAACUGGCGGGCUGUUCGGAACCACCAACACUCAGCCGAGCCAGGGCACUGGGCUCUUCGGCGGCGGUACAGGGUUCGGAUCUACAAGUAAUACCGGUACCAGUGCAUUCGGCUCCGCCACCGCCAACACAGGUGGUGGCCUCUUCGGAAGCGCGAACACCGCGGCAAACAAGCCCGCCGGAUUCAGCUUUGGCAACACCGGCGGUGGCGGAGGCGCCUUUGGCACCACAUCCACGACACCCGCUUUUGGAACCAACACCACUACCACAACCACUGGCGGCGGUUUGUUUGGGAAUACAGCCCAAACAGGCAACACCGGCGGCUCUCUUUUCGGAGGUAAUCAACAGCAGCCCUCAAGCACGGGCUUUGGUGGUGGCGGGUUCGGAGCCCAGACUCAGAACACUGGAUCUAGCUUGUUUGGCGGCCAACAGAAGCCAGGUGGUCUCUUCGGGUCGACGAACAACACAGGCGGUGGCAGUCUCUUCGGAAACACGGGCACAACCACUUCGACUCCCUUUGGAGGUUCCAAUACGAAUCAGCCCGCAGCCGGGGGCCUGUUUGGCCAGAAACCGGCAGGCACAGGCACAGGGCUGUUCGGCGGUGGCACGACUGGUCAAACCGGUACCACCGGUGGCGGUCUCUUCAGCAAUCUUGGAACCAACACGCAGAAUCAACAGCCUGCGCAGGGAUCGCUGUUCGGCGGCCUAAACCAAAAUAACCAGGCCAAACCUUCACUUUUUGGCGGUACGAGCAACACAGGUGGUGGCCUUUUCGGCGGCCAGACCAGUCAACCCCAGGGCGGUGGACUGUUUGGCACGUCAACCACUCAGCAGCAGCCCCAAACGGGCACCUUGGGCAACUCUCUUUUUGGUGCCUCGCAAGGCCAGCAGGCUCCUCAGCAGUCCUUCUCCACAAGUAUCAACGACAUCUCGGCCUAUGGCGCUUCCACCCUCUUCUCAGGCCUACCGGAAGAUAAGAUUCAGAAUCCCGGCCCUCUUGCUACCCCACUUUCUGGCACAUCCAAGGUUAAGAGCCGAUCCAUCUUGCCCAUGUACAAGCUCAGCCCCGCCAAUGCCUCCCGCUUCGUCACUCCUCAGAAGAGAGGUUAUGGAUUCUCAGUCAGCGCAUACGGUUCCCCUGCCACUCCGCCUAGCAUUUCCAGCACACCCGGAGGGCUCGGACAGAGUCUCCUGGCCGGCAGCAUUAACCGUGGUCUCAGCAAAAGCAUCUCGGCCAGCAACCUCCGGCGGAGCUUCAACGUGGAGGAUAGCAUCCUUCAGCCGGGCGCCUUCUCUGCUGGCUCUAGCAUGCGUCUCAUUGGAAACGGGAAUGGCCACAAGAAAUUGAUCAUCAACAAGGAUAUGCGGAGCGACCUGUUUUCUUCGCCCGGAAAGGAUAAGCAAGUUCAGGAGGACGCAAACGGUGCACGGAAAGUAGUGGCCAAGCGCGUUAGUUUCGACACCAGCACAAGUGAGACUCCUAAUCGCGAAGCGGAGCAACCAUCCAAUGAAAAUGGCUCCACCACUAACGACCUCGGCUACCUGAAGCCAAACGGCCGUCCAAGUCCUAAUGGCGUGAAUGGGACGAAAUCCGCCUUUGUCGAUGGCCCUCCUGAGAUGGAGCAGGCUAAGGGCAAUGAGCUUGCCAUUGUUCAUGAGGAAGAGUCGCCCAAGGCUGUGCGGACCGAGACUCCGUCCGGAUCCGCAGUCGAGGCGGGCUCGUAUUGGAUGUCGCCCACCGCCGACGAGAUUCGCGCCAUGAACCGGAUGCAGCGCCAGAAAGUAUCAAACUUCGUGGUCGGCCGUGAGAAUGUUGGCAGUGUCUCUUUCAAAGUCCCAGUCGAUCUCAGCAAUAUCAACCUUGAUGAGCUGUUCGACAAUAUCGUCGUCCUCCAGCCUCGGUCGGCCACUGUAUAUCCGGUAUCGGCAAAGAAGCCUCCUGUUGGAAAAGGGCUGAACGUUCCUGCGCAGAUUUCUUUGGAGCGCUCUUAUCCUCGGGAAGGCCGCCGGCUUGAGCGACACAUUGCCAAGCUUGCCGCGAUGCCCGGCACGACCUUCGAGAGUUACGACAAGGACACCGGUGUCUGGACCUUCUCUGUGGAGCACUUCACGACGUACGGUUUAGCUGACGACGACGAUGACGAUGACGAGAUUGACGAGCCUAUCCGUCCUGCGGUCCAAAGCCCGACCAUUACUAAGGAUUCUACAUCGACGGCGGACCCAGAUGACACUUUCGAGUUCAGGCGCAGCCGGCGCGCCCUUCCCGGCGCUUUCGAUGACGCCGCGCUGUCGGACAAUGAGGAGGUUGAGGAUACCGCUCAACGCCAGGGUACGCUGUCUCCUGAACCCCAGGAGGCUGAUGCCCCCUUACCAUCACGGGAGUGGCCCGAAGAUGAAAGCAUGGCUGACGGACCCGAUGAAUACCAGCUCGAAGCCUUUGAACAGGCAUCCCAACAGGGAUCAGUCGAAGAGCAGGACGAGCUUCUGCUCUCCCGGUUUGCCGACAACGACACCCAGAUCCCUGCUGGAAUCAUGAGGGCGCGCAUGCGGGCCGUCAAGAAGUCGACAGCGCCAACGAAAAUCGAAGUAACCGGUGGAGAUGAUUGGACACAGAUUCUGCAAGCGAGCGUGCGAGCGCCAAGGACAGUGGAUCGUUCGACGCUACGGGCGCUCAACGAGUCGGGAGCUGUUUGGGACAUGAAGGAUCGCGGUAGUCCCGCCCCGCAGAAGAAUGCCCCUGUGGCCGAUGGGACGGGUUUCGCAACGAGUAUCGAUUUGAUGAAGUCAUUGUUUGAGCAGGCAAAGGGUCCGACAAAGUCUUUGCAGGCAGCGCCAGCAAAGGGUUUCGUAAAGUGGCCUUACCAGCAGCGUCCCAAGGUUGAUACAGACGAGGGCCCUUUGGUUUCAAGACCCAACUGGGGCCCUGAUGAAUUGCUCGUUACUACACAGCGUGGCGAGCCAAGCCUACAGCCCGUCGACGGCGACUUGCCUGCAGCAGGCGAGUCGGCGGGAUCCCCACAAACCCUCUCUCGACUUCAGCAUUACAUUGAGAUUACUUCUGGGAAGGGGGAUCAACAAUCGGUCUCCGGUCCUGACUUCCGCGACCUUGCCCAGGGAGAUUCUGAAUGGGAGUUAGCUUCCCUUCUUUUUGACGACGAUGGUCAUAAUUUGCCCGCUUUUUGGAAGCGGUUGGUAUCCGAGGCCACGGAGAAGGCGCUCGCUCAGGAGCUAGGACUUGAAGAGAAGGCUGUUAUCUGCCUAGCCGGUAAUCGCGUGGCCGAUGCCUGUGGUCACUUACUCGCCGCUGGCAAUUAUCGGCUUGCCACACUUGUCGCCAGUAUCGGGUCUCAGAACAAGGACAUUCGAGCUCAGCUCAAGGACUGGCGAGAGUCGAAUGUUUUAGCCGAAUUUUCGGAGCCAAUCCGGGCCAUCUAUGAGCUUCUUGCUGGCAAUGCUUGUGUCUGCGCGGGCAUCAAGGGCGUUCCUAUCGAGAACCGCGUAAACUCGUUCACCAUUUCGCAGCGCUUCGGUUUGGAUUGGAUGCUGUCUUUCGGUCUCCGCCUGUUUUACACCACCGGCAGCACCCCGGACGUUGCGGAAGCGGUUCGUUCUUUUCAGUCCGACAUUGAGCAAGACAGAGAGCCUGAGCCCCACAGCGCUCUGUGGUCACUCCUCAAGGCCUUUGCCAACCGCCAGUUUGACUGGUCCGAUGCUCGACUUGGCUGGUUAAUGACCAGGGCCAUCUAUGCAAGCGGCAAAGUCUCCUUCGGAGAGGACGCUGUUGAGAAGCUUGAUAUGGCGUCUCUGUCUUUUGCUUCGGCGCUCACGGCGCAGUCGCAUUGGGUCCCAGCAACUUUUGUACUGCUCCAAUUGUCGGAUGCCGCCUCGCGCGAGGCUGCCGUUCGUGACCAUCUUGGGCGCCAUGCUCACCGCAUCGGUGCCGCCCGCAACCCCGGAAGCGCGUUCUCCUCGCUUCGCAAGUUUGGCGUCCCUGAGGCGUGGAUUUGGGAGGCCAAGGCUCUGGACUUCCGGUCCCGCCAAGACGCCCAGCAUGAGUUCCUGUCGCUCAUGUGGGCGCAGAAUUAUGCCGAGGCUAACCAGGCCUUUGUUAGCCGGGUCGGCCCUGACCUGGUCAUCGAGCGUGACUUUCAGCGGCUUUACCAGUUCGCCCAGUUGCUCUUUAGGGUCAGGAAGAAGCUGCCCGAUUGGGACCGUGGCGCCGCCGUGUACCUGCUCUAUCCGAUGGCGCGCCUGCAGAACCGGCACCAGGAGCUGGACCGGUUCGAUAGCCAGCUCUUUGACGGCCUCGCGACGCUGCGGGCGGCUGCGCACGGUGAUAUACGCCAGGAGGCGGCGAUUGCGGACAUGGCGGAGGAGUUGAUCAAGUGCAGGGGUGGGGAUCCGAGAUUGUUUCGAUUGCUGCCGGAGGAUAUCAGGGGAAAGUAUAUGCGGGCUCGGGCGCUGGAUAGCAUCCUUUGAUGAGCGCCUGGCCAGUUAGGGGGUUACACCAGACAUGGGAGGACAAGGUGGAUGGCGAAGACUGUACCACAGGGGAGAAUGUUCUUCUCGGGGAUCGGGAAGGCUUAGGCACACAUUGGCCCGCUUGCAUUGUCUGCGUGGGCUUCGGAGGAUAAUGAUGAUGACCGUGGCCGCAGAAACGGGAAAUUGCACGUAGCUUGUUAGGUAGAUUCGACUAGACAAUUCACGAGGUUGUCAGCGUGUG